AUGAAGGGCCUGGUGAACCCUGCGCAGGAAUCUAAAGGUCUCGAAGAGAUUCGUUCCGUCGUCUCUAGCCCCACGGCCACCACCCUGGGCGGAGAGGACAGCCCCUUCAUCAGCCGCUCCCCACGCUCUGCCCCCGGCUGCCCUGCGCACGGAGCCGAGGCCGGCAGCCUGAGAGAUGCCGGGGACAGGGAAGUCCAAGUCCCGCCUCUGGGCUUCCAUCGCUGGCCUAUCCAGUAUCCCUACUUCAAGCCACUUUCCAACGAGGCUGCCGGCUUCCUCAGGAAUCUGCGGCGGGGUUUGCGGGGUCUGAGGGCGCAGCGGGGAGAGGGGCUGACACCCCGGAGGGCGGACUGGAAGCACCGGGCCCCACACAAACGAGCGUCGGAGACACGAGAAAGGGUGGGCGGGAGAGCCGAGAAGCAGGACGGCAGGGACCAGGAUGCUCACAAUUGUAUUCCUGAGCUGGACAGUGAGACAGCUAUGUUUUCUGUCUAUGAUGGACAUGGAGGGGAGGAAGUUGCCUUGUAUUGUGCCAAAUAUCUUCCUGAUAUCAUCAAAGAUCAGAAGGCUUACAAAGAAGGCAAGCUACAGAAGGCUUUGGAAGAUGCCUUCUUGGCUAUUGAUGCCAAACUGACCACUGAGGAAGUCAUUAAGGAGCUGGCACAGAUUGCAGGGCGACCCACUGAGGAUGAAGAUGAAAAAGAAAAAGUGGCUGAUGAAGAUGAUGUGGACAAUGAGGAGGCUGCACUGCUGCAUGAAGAGGCUACCAUGACUAUUGAAGAGCUGCUGACACGCUACGGGCAGAACUGUCACAAGGGUGCUCCCCACAGCAAAUCUGGAGCUGGGACAGGCGAGGAACCAGGGUCCCAGGGCCUCAAUGGGGAGGCAGGAUCUGAGGACCCAUCUAGGGAAUCUUCUUCAGAGGAAAAUGGUCCCACAGCCAAGGUCCACACAGGCCUUUCCUCCAACUCGGAACGUACAGAGGCAGGCCAAGGUGGUGAGCCUGGCAUUCCCACUGGUGAGGCUGGGCCUUCCUGCUCUUCAGCCUCCGACAAGCUGCCUCGAGUUGCUAAGUCCAAGUUCUUUGAGGACAGUGAGGAUGAGUCAGAUGAGGCGGAGGAGGAAGAGGAAGACAGCGAGGAUUGCAGUGAGGAAGAAGAUGGCUACAGCAGUGAAGAGGCAGAAAAUGAAGAAGAUGAGGAUGACACCGAGGAGGCUGAAGAGGAUGAGGAAGAAGAGGAGGAGAUGAUGGUCCCUGGGAUGGAAGGCAAAGAGGAGCCUGGCUCUGACAGUGGUACAACAGCUGUAGUGGCUCUGAUACGAGGGAAGCAGUUGAUUGUAGCCAAUGCAGGAGACUCUCGCUGUGUGGUGUCUGAGGCUGGCAAAGCUUUAGACAUGUCCUAUGACCACAAGCCGGAGGACGAAGUGGAGCUAGCACGCAUCAAGAAUGCUGGUGGCAAGGUUACCAUGGAUGGUCGAGUCAACGGGGGCCUCAACCUCUCCAGGGCCAUUGGAGAUCACUUCUAUAAGAGAAACAAGAACUUGCCACCUGAGGAACAGAUGAUAUCAGCCCUUCCUGACAUCAAGAUGCUGACUCUCACAGAUGACCAUGAAUUCAUGGUCAUUGCCUGUGAUGGCAUCUGGAAUGUGAUGAGCAGCCAGGAAGUUAUAGACUUUAUUCAGUCAAAGAUUAGCCAGCGUGAUGAAAAUGGGGAGCUUCGGUUAUUGUCAUCCAUCGUGGAAGAGCUGCUGGAUCAGUGCCUGGCACCAGACACUUCUGGGGACGGUACAGGGUGUGACAACAUGACCUGCAUCAUCAUUUGCUUCAAGCCCCGAAACACAGCAGAGCGUCAGCCAGAGAGUGGCAAGCGGAAACUGGAGGAGGUGCUUUCUACUGAGGAGGCUGAAGAAAAUGGCAGCAGUGACAACAAGAAGGCCAAGCGGGACUAGCGGACUUGGUUGUCCAGACGCCUGCCCCCGAGACUGUUUCCUGAGCCCUCCGGACUGAGACUGAGUUUUGUCUUUUUCCUUUAGCCUUAGCAGUGGUUGUGAGGUGUGCAGGGGGAACUGGGUGGCUUUACUCAGCCCAUUCCAAAGAGGGCUCACCCUCUACACAGCAGCCCGGGAGCCGCUGCUGCUCUCCCCAGCCUCCUCUUUGCUCCUUGGGGCUCAUCACUGGUUCUGUGCCUGUGCUCUGUUGUGUUGGAGGGAAGGACUGGAGGUUCUGGUUUUUACUCUGUGAACUUUAUUUAAGGACAUUCUUUUUUAUUGGCGGCUCCAUGGCCCCGGCCGCUUGCACCCGCUCUCUGUUGUACACUUUCAAUCAAACACUUUUUCAGACUAAAGGCCAAAACCUAAUCAAA